GAAAGAUAUCGUAGGAACCGGAAAUACAAAAUAACAGCGAGUGGAAGCCUCCGCUACUUCCAGACUCUUUUAAACGCGUUAUAUUUUUGAUUUAAUAUUUAAAAAAAGACUGAGGGACAAUGACGUCUCUUAUUAAAGAAACACGAAGCAUUAAAGAAGCAGUGACUUUGAUGAACGCAGUUGACGUGAACAAGUUCUCAAGGCUGAUUUCUCGAAUCAGCCAGAAGCUUCAUCUAAAGGGUGAACGAACCUUCAGUGAAGAAGAAGAGAAAAAACUCGAGUCUGCGUUUUCUUUGGAUAAACAGUCUCUCAGUCUAGUCCUGGAAACUAGUGCUUUUAUACUGGAACAGGCCGUGUAUCAUAAUGUAAAACCGGGGUCUCUGCAGCAGCAGCUGGAGGCAGUUCAUCUAGACUCGGACAAAGCUGAGAUUUUCUCUCAAAUCUGGGCCACUGCUGGGCCUGAGCUGGUGGAGAAGCUGAAGCACAACAUCUUUUCCCCAAAGAAGCUGGACUAUGUUGGUUGGCAGUUAAACCUACAGAUGGCGCAGUCCAGUCAAGCCACACUGAAAUUGCCCAGUGCUGUUCUUCAACUGGGACUCAACAAAGAAGACUCAGAGGUCCAGGAAAAUGUCUUUGUUGAGUUUAACCACCAGCAGAUGAUUGAAUUCUUCAAAAAGCUGGAAGUCAUUCAAGACCAGUUGGACACUUUAACAUGAAGUCCUGUCGCUCUUUGCUCUCACAUGUACACACAUGAAUACAGUACAUUUUUAGAGAAUCUUUGUUGUUACUUGUUAAUAAAAGCGUUUCAUAUACACCAUUAGUUUGUGAUCCUUACGAGUAAAGUUUUACAUCAGU